UUAGUGCCAGUCCUCGCCUGUCAGGACAGACUCCUCCGCAUUAUUAAAGACUCUUCGUGUCAGUACGAGAUUGAGAUCUCAGGCAUUCCCAAUGCAUUGCUUUGGAUGCACUACUCGGCCAAUGGUGUCACUGAGACACUUGUUUGCUACGGCACACUCGAUGGCAAAGUAGCUCUCGUCUCCAUUGAUUUCAGCAAAAAACCAUUGGAACCGUUGCACAAGUGGGAGAUACCAGAUAAAGGAUCUAAACCAUCGGUAACCUGCAUAUCAAUUGCUGAUUCGGCCGCAGAGCUAUAUGUCGGCAGAUCUGAUGGAAAUGUUGAGAUUUGGUCCUUCGCUGAAACCCUCAAUGAAAAUGGAGAGGAAAUGAUUGACUUAAGUCUGGCGCCAAUUCUUCGCGACCAACACAAUUGCGGCGAGAGUUUGACCUCAUUGUUAGUCUGCAAUUACGGGAAUCUAAUUCUUGGUUCGACUUUCACUGGAGUUAUAUUUGGAUUAACGAGAAAUGAAAUGAUUAAUCAAAAACUGAAUCCAAAUUAUCUGCUAAUCAGUAAAGACAUGGCAAUGAAGAUCGAAGGGCUUAGAGAUGAAUGCGAACGAUUGGAGCAGAAGUUGGCUCAAGAGAGGGAACGCUAUCAGGAAAUGACCACAAAAGGCGGAUCCGAUGAUUUGGAGACUUCUGAUAAGACGUAUAACACUAAAUACAAAUUACCGACAUUUAAUUGGGUGCCAUUGAAGCCAAACCAAGUGAAGGGAACCAUAUUUAAUGAGUUCCAUAACGAGGAUAAGAUCCUCAAAGCCGUCAAUUUUGAUCACUUCGAAGAACAGUUCAAAUUAGGCACUAAACCAGAACUGAUGCGCAAGAACUCGGUGUCCACACUCAACGCCAGCAAACGCUUUAAAUUGCCCGAAAAAGUGUCGCUCUUAGAGCACAACCGGUUGCGAAAUAUGGCCAUUUCGAUGCGCAAGAUUGACAUCGACACCGAUUCCGUGGUUCGCGCCAUCAACUCAUUCGACACCAACUGUUUGACCGCCGAAUAUCUGGAAGUAUUGCUUCGAAUGAUACCCAAUGCGGACGAAGCGAAGGCAUACCGCGAGUACGAGCGGUCCGGACGGCUGUUGGACGAGAUGAACGAAGUCGACAAAUUCCUCUUUCAUAUCUCCAAAAUCGAAAGACUAGAACAGAAGCUUAAGAUUAUGUUUUAUAUGACAUCUUUAGUGCAACCGAAUCAGAGCCGAGAGGAGAGUAUUGUCAGCCAAUGCCGCUCUCGCAUAGCGGUCAUCACCGAAGCCGCGAGACUUCUUCGCAAAUCUCAAGGCAUUCGUAUGAUUUUGGAACACGUCUUGGUGUUUGGCAAUUAUCUCAACUGUUCCACACGUACUAUAGCCACGGCUCCGGCCUAUGGCUUCAAACUGACCACUUUAGACCUCAUCAGUGAAACCAAAUCAAGUGUGGAUCGUUCGCGAUCUCUAUUGCACUAUAUAUCAGAUCACAUACUAAACAGUGCUGAAAACGGACCCAAACCCAUACGGGUUAACCCUUUUGUAACUCUCGGCAAAAACUCUGGUCAUAUGUCCGGUACGGAUACGUUAGAAAACAUUAAAAUGCCGUUUGAUUUGGAAAAGUUGUUAACCGCUGUCGAGAGGGCGACCGUCGUCUCAAUGGAGACCUGUGUUCUGGAAGUGAUUGACUUAGAGAAGGGAAUGGAGUUAUGCAAACAGGAGCUCCAGUUACGCAACAGCAGCGGUUUGGCCAACAAUCAGGCGACACAACACUUGCGACAAUUCAUUUCAAACAAAUCGCCAGAAUUACAGGCACUCAGAGAGGACCUGAAGAGAGCGCAACACGAGUACAACGAAUGUGUCGAGUAUUUCGGCGAAAGCACUAAAUUGAUGGAAUCGUCGAACCAACUGUUCGGCACAUUCACGCGAUUCCUCAAGAAUUUCAAACAAUGCCAAAGCGAUAACAUUACCGCUCAGAGGAAGAAGUUUGAAGAAGAGCUCAGACAACAGAUACUGGAAAAGCAGCAAAAGUCGCCCGAAAAGGAGGCCUCAAAUGAGGUGAAAGUGAGAGAAAAGCGUUUACUAAAGCAGGACGAGGUCUACAACGGCGCUCUCGAAGACAUACUCCUCGGUCUUAAGAACGAGCCCUACAGGAGGGCAGACGCCGUCCGCCGCAGUCAACGCCGAAAACAGGAAAAUAUUAGACUUUCAUCAACAGAAUUGAUGGAAAUGUAAAAUAGUUUUUAAGUUUCAAUUUUAUUUAUUAAUCAAAUAUCAAGUGAUGUUUUGCAUAAUUUUUUAUUUGUCAAUCAAAACGGAUUUAAUUGUGAAAUAAUAUUUUCUGUGAAUUUUAUAUA